AUGCACGAGGUGCUAUUUAUGUUUCAAGAAAACGUAGUUAUUAUAACGAGUUUCCAGCUGAAAACUGAUGAUUUUUCUAGACCUUUGAGAAAGUAUCACAUUACUCAGGCUCAGUCCUUUGACCAAACACAUGCUAUCAUUUACUGUUUAGGCGAGCCACGCAGUAUGCUUAAAAACGCCUCGGUACCGCACCAUUACGGAACCGUCCGUCCCCGCCGCAUAUACAGUCUAUUCAAAUUUCCUUCGCUUCAAAUAGAAGCCGGAAUGACCAAUAUAGAAGAACAGGAUUCGGCAGACAAGAAUAUUAGAGAGCAUUUUAAAUAUAGUCCUAUUGACAGUACUGCUAUACGUAUAUCACGGGUUUUCAUCGUAUUGGUAGCCAUUGGAGGCGUUUCUUUCCUUGUAAUAGUUGCAAUCAAACAUCUCAUUAAACUUAUAACAAACUGGAUAUGA